AUGUCUAAUCUUAUUGUACGAGCAGAGAAAGAAGUUAUUGUUGCCACAAACUAUUGGCAGAACAGCACCGCUUCAAAGUUCAUUUCCGAUGCGAUUCGUGAACUCUCCCGACGAGCAGGCCAGAGGGGCAGCAAAGUAGUCGUGAAAGUCAUUUAUGACAGAGGAAGUCCCAAGCAACUCAUUGAACCUCAUUAUAUUGUUCCUGAAAAGACCUACACCGGGAAAGACGUCGGUCUUCCACACCCAAACGAGAUUCCGAACAUCGACCUCGAGGUUAUGAACUACCAUCAUCCGAUGCUGGGUACAUUCCAUGCUAAGUAUAUGGUCGUGGACAGGAAGAUCGCCAUCCUUCAGAGUGACAACAUCCAGGAUAACGACAAUCUGGAAAUGAUGGUGCAUCUCGAGGGGCCCAUUGUUGACUCGGUGUACGAUAUGGCCCUGAUCUCAUGGCAUAAGAAGCUACAGCCUGCUCUGCCAAGCCAUAAUACUCCUGCUGUGGCGGGUGGGCUCGGUUGCUUUGGUGCUGUUCACGAAAGUUUAUUUGGCCCUGAUGGCCAAAUCAAAGGUUACAAUGCAAUCGUCGAUCCCAAAAAGAUGGCUCCGAGGGAUGCUUAUUCAUAUGAACAAGUGACCCAACCUGGUCUCGUAUCUGAUGGACAGCAGAAGGGUGAUGAGAACCAUGACCGUGCCGAUAUUGUCACGGGACCAACAACAACGGCCAGCCUUACCCAUCCACAUCCUCGAAAAGAGGAGGCAGGCAAUUCUGGUGGAAGUAACGAGCAGGAACAGGCGGCAGCGGCCGGUAAACAGGGUACGCAAGAAAGAGGGGACACUCCGAGCAAUGAAGCGGAUCGUGACACGAAGGCAUACCUGAAUACCGGAAAUCAAGAAAUCCCUCAAUCGCAAAUACAGGAUCCGUCACCCCAGGGCAAUCUUCUUCCAGAACACACCACAGAUGAUCCACAUUGGGAUGAGGAUAUUGCUGGAGAAAUCGCACGCGUGCAGACUGCUGUAUCUGCAAAGCCAGGAGAGACGCGAAUGCAGGCCGUCAACCGACAUUUGAACCAUACUAUCAACGUUGGAUUCCCAUAUGACGCCCCAGAGUGUGCACCAGAGGAAGAGAUGACCCCCUACAUUCCUCACCCACCCCACGAGCCUUUCCCUAUUGCUAUGGUCAACCGCCCACCUUACGGCACACCAAAUCACAAGUCAGUGUCGACACCACAGAACGCAGCGUGGUUAUGUGCGCUGCGAAAUGCGAAAAAGAAUGUGUUCAUUCAGUCUCCGACUGUAAACGCUGAGCCCCUUAUACCGGCUAUUAUUGAGGCAUGCGAGCGAGGCAUUGAUGUCUACUGUUAUGUCUGUCUAGGCUAUAAUGAUGCGGCAAGUACUCUCGGAAUCAAACUAUUCUCUCCACUAAUGUCCAUGCGGAAGCGGAGCUGUCACAUCAAGUUGAUGAUUGUCGACGAGCACAUUGGCAUUGUCGGUAGUGGCAAUCAGGAUACUCAAAGUUGGUUUCACAGUCAGGAGGUGAACGUCUUGCUUGACAAUCCGGAUGUGUGUCGAGCUUGGAUCGAUGGCCUACGAAGGAACCAAAACACACAUCUGUAUGGUGCUGUGAGCAAGGAGGAUGGCGAGUGGCGAGAUAAGGAUGGUAACAAAGCUAAGGGAGCUAUCGGCCCAGAUCCAGGCAGAUUCAGUUGGACGACAGGGAUCGUCGGUGCGGUCAAAAGGCUUCAGGGAACUGGCGGCUUCUAA